UACCAUGCAUCGUGCAGUAUGUCCCGCCUCUCCGACACGCGACCUCUCAUGUUCGUCCGAGUCACUCGAACUUCUGGCCAUACCAUCUCGGUCUGCUAAAUCGGAGCGAGCCUCGGGAUGGAAAAGGCCACGGAAAAGCCUCCAGCAUUCUUGCCCGGAGUACCUGCAUAUCAAGCCGAUGAGGCAAAUGCUGGUGAUCCCGUCAUCAAUGCAUCUGGUCACGUCCAAGAGGUUGAUCGCAACUUCACUUUGAUCAGUGCAUGCUCUAUCGGUUUGACUUGUGGCAAUACAUGGCCUGCGUUGGGCGGCUCGAUCGUUGUCUCGCUCUACAAUGGAGGCCCGCCUGGUGUCAUCUACGAGCUUUUGGCUGUAUCCGCCUUUUAUUGGAUCAUCGCUACCUGCAUCGCUGAAUUGGCGUCGUCAAUCCCAUCAUCGGCAGGCGUAUAUCACUGGGCGACGGUGACAGCAGGUCCGACAUAUGGGAAAGUUGUUGGCUGGUAUGCUGGCUGGCUGAACUGCUUCGCUUGGAUAUUCGGCUCUACUUCCUUGAGCAAUGUGGCAGCAACGCUUGCUGUGUCCAUGUACAGUGUGUUUAAUCCGGGUUACGUCCUAGUCCGAGGGCAUGUCUUCAUUGCCUAUCUCAUCAUCACCUGGGUAUCCUGUCUGUGUGUGAUGUAUGCCAACAGGGCGCUCCCACGGGUCAAUCAAUUCGGUCUCUUUCUCAUUCUGGCCGGUGUCUUCAUCACGAUUCUCGUGUGUGCCAUCAUGCCAUCGACCAGUGGCACUGGCCAUGCUUCUGACGCAUUUGUAUGGAAAGACUGGCGAAACUUGACUGGGUAUAGCAGCAGUGGCUUCGCGUUUCUACUGGGUAUGUUGAAUGGCGCAUAUGCAGUCGGCACACCCGAUUGUAUAACGCAUCUGGCGGAGGAAAUUCCGAACCCGCGAGUCAAUAUUCCGAAGGCACUUGCCGCUCAAAUGGUCAUAGGACUUUUGACCGCAUUCUGCUAUCUUGCGGCUUUGUUCUACUCGAUCAACGAUCUGGACGCUGUUUUCGUCAAUCCUUAUACGUCGCCCAUCGCCGAGAUAUAUCGUCAAGCCACAGGGACGAGAGGUGGGGCAUUUGGUCUGCUCUUGAUCAUCUUCCUGCCACUUCUCCCUGGAUGUGUCGGGACCUAUAUUACCGCUGGACGAAUGUUAUGGACUCUCGCGAGAGAUGAUGCAACGCCAUUUAGUAAAUACCUAGGUCGCAUACAUCCGCGCAAACACAACCCAUUCAACGCAACUCUGAUGUGCGGUAUCAUCAACACAGUACUGGGACUGAUAUACAUUGGUUCACUGACAGCAUUCAGCGCCUUUGUCGGAUCAUUCGUGAUUCUCACCACGCUGUCCUAUCUCAUGGCGAUCCUGCCAAACCUGGUCACGAGGCGUGCAUAUCUGGUUCCAGGUCCAUUUCGACUACCACCUAUUGUCGCAUAUUCAUUCUACAGCAUCAGCAGCGCGUACAUCAUUGUGUUUGUUGUUAUUUUCUGCUUCCCAUAUAGUAUGCCGUUCUCGGCGCAGACGAUGAACUAUUCCUGCGUCAUAACCGGCGGACUAAGCAUCUUCGUCUCGAUGUGGUACAUUUACAAGCGAAAGAAUGGGUACGUGGGAGCGCAUGUGCUCACGCCGAGAGACAUGGCGGUUGCCGAUGCGGAGCGCAUCUCAGGCGAUAAGAUUUAAGCUUCCCUGUUACGACAGCAAAAUGUCGAGCCAAUUGACUACGCAGCGCUGUCGUUUCCACUGGCCAUCACGUGAAUAGAAAAUGCCAACUUG